GUCCCAUCACCUCUCUCCACCUCUUCCCUCCCCUUCUCUCUCUCUCUCUCUCUCUCUCUCUGUGUCCGUAAUUUUGGCAAUUCUUCUCUCACUUCUGUGGAGGAAAACAAAACCUGUGAAAGAAAAAGCUCUGAAUCAAGAAACAAGCAAAAGGGGGAAAAAAAAAUGGCUCUGAAGCUGAAUCCAAUCGUCACCCUUCAAUCCCACAGAUACCCUUCUUUUGCCCUUCCACCAGUGGCCCGUCUCAGAUCUCCCAAGUUUGUUGUGGCUUCCGUUCUUCACACCGGCUCCAAGGAGGUUGAGAAUCUCAAGAAGCCUUUCACCCCUCCUCGCGAGGUUCAUGUUCAAGUAUCGCAUUCUAUGCCACCCCAAAAGAUUGAGAUCUUCAAAAACUUGGAGAGUUGGGCUGACGAGAACAUUUUGGUUCACCUGAAGCCAGUGGAGAAAUGUUGGCAACCCCAGGAUUUUCUGCCUGACCCUGCAUCUGAGGGAUUCCAUGAUCAAGUCAAAGAACUAAGGGAGAGGGCAAAGGAGAUUCCAGAUGAUUACUUUGUGGUUUUGGUUGGAGAUAUGGUCACAGAGGAAGCCCUUCCAACUUACCAAACAAUGCUUAAUACCCUUGAUGGUGUUCGGGAUGAAACAGGUGCAAGCCCAACUUCUUGGGCAAGAUGGACUAGGGCUUGGACUGCUGAAGAGAACAGGCACGGUGACCUUCUCAAUAAGUAUCUCUACCUCUCUGGACGUGUAGACAUGAAGCAAAUCGAGAAGACGAUACAGUACUUGAUUGGGUCAGGAAUGGAUCCCCGGACUGAAAACAACCCCUACCUUGGAUUCAUCUACACAUCAUUCCAAGAACGAGCAACUUUCAUCUCCCAUGGGAACACAGCGAGACAUGCCAAGGAGUAUGGGGACAUUAAGCUGGCUCAAAUAUGCGGUACUAUUGCCUCUGAUGAGAAGCGCCACGAAACUGCUUACACCAAGAUAGUGGAAAAGCUAUUCGAGAUCGACCCCGAUGGAACCGUCAUUGCUGUUGCUGACAUGAUGAGGAAGAAAAUUGCCAUGCCGGCCCACUUGAUGUAUGAUGGUCGCGAUGAUAACCUUUUUGAGCACUUCUCAUCUGUGGCCCAGCGGCUCAAUGUUUACACUGCCAAGGACUAUGCGGAUAUAUUGGAGUUUUUGGUUGGAAGGUGGAAAGUGGAGGAACUAACUGGACUCUCUGGAGAGGGACGUAAGGCUCAAGAUUACGUUUGUGGAUUGCCUCCCAGAAUCAGACGGCUGGAGGAAAGGUCUCUGAGCAGGGCUAAGGAAGCACGCGUCGUGCCAUUUAGCUGGAUCUUUGAUAGAGAAGUGAAGGUCUGAAUUUCAGCUUCACUCACCUGCAAGCAAGUCUCUCUUUGGUUCUACAAAGUCGAAAGUAUGGGGUAGGAAUUUUGACUUUAUUUGCUUUUAGCUUUUGUUGUUUGCAGUUCUGUUUUCGUCGUUCGUGUUGUGGGAAGAGAUUUUGUUUAGAUGGACUCCAUUUAGUUGUAGAUAUAUGGUGGUUUCUCUCGUGUGGUGUCAUUAGAUGGUAUUUUACUAAGAGUAUGUUUUGUUUCUGUUCUUUUUUCCAGUCUGGGUGUAAUAAAAAAUCUCUUUUCCAA